GAGCACAACACCAGCACGCACCGGAAGCUCCUUUUCGUGAGCACGCGGCGAAUCCGGCCUUUCCAGCAAGGCAGCGACGAGGAACAUGGCCAAGAUCAAGGCAAGAGACCUGCGGGGCAAGAAGAAGGAGGAGCUGCUGAAACAGCUGGACGACCUGAAAAAUGAGCUGUCCCAGCUCCGAGUGGCCAAAGUUACUGGAGGAGCAGCGUCCAAACUGUCCAAGAUCCGGGUCGUUCGCAAAUCCAUCGCCAGAGUUCUGACUGUGAUCAACCAGACGCAGAAGGAGAACCUGAGGAAGUUCUACAAGGGUAAAAAGUACAAGCCCCUGGAUCUGAGACCCAAGAAGACCCGAGCUCUGCGGCGCCGGCUCAACAAGCACGAGGAGAGUCUGCGCACCAAGAAGCAGCAGAGGAAGGACCUCCUCUACUCCGUGCGCAAAUUUGCUGUCAAAGCUUGAGGGCUGUUGUGUUGACAAAAUAAAAUGUGGUUAAAGCGUU